AUGGCCGAAACACACGAUACUAGCACGCGACCACCACCCCUCGAUCUCCUCACCCAGGAGCUCGAACCGACGCGUCUGCACCGGCGCAUCCGUUUUCUCUGGCUCGCCGGCCGACCAGUACCCCCACGGCCCCUGCACCACCAGCUCCUCAUCGGCCGCGACAUCUUUGUCAGUGAGCGCAUCGACUUGCACCUCGUCUGGGGCGGGGGGCGCAUCUUUAUCAAGCCGCUGCCGCGGUAUUUACUGAAUCCUGAGUUUUGGAGGGGGUAUCUCACUUGUCGGUGUCAUCAGCCGUAUCAUCAUCAUCACACCCAUCAUCCAACAACCAAGCAGCACAACGAGCCAACAACAACGCUAGAGCGCGAACUUUCCGAGGCAGGCCCGCUCUACUCCCCACAAGAGCGCAGCGGCUGUUUCGCUGAUCACGACGACGACGAUGAUGACAACAACAAAAAACCGCUAUGCGCCCAACGACGCCUGCGCCAGUGCGCCAUGGGCCUCCUGCUCAGCUACAUCGCCCUCAUCACCCACGAGAGCGACUUCCGGAUCGCCAUCGACAAAGGCCUGAUCCCAAACCAAGUAACCUGGCCAUCCUGGCGGCGGUUCGCGCGCGAGGUGCUGCUUCACACCUCCAGCAGCAACAGCAGCAGUGGCGAUCACCAAAAUAAUAACGACAACAGAUGGACCGAAGUAGCCGACCGCUUCAUCUACGGCGAACUCCGCCUCAACCGCCUCAACCUCAUCGAAGCCGUCCUCACCGGCCAAUUCUCCCGCGGCUACCUCGCCACCUUCAACAGUUUCGGCAGUUUCUACCGCUACUCCUCCGCGCUCAUCAUCGCGGGCACGGCCUACAUCCUACUCAUCUUGUCAGCCAUGCAAGUCGGCUUGGGCACGACCAAGCUGGCUGGGGAUGACGCGUUUCAGGCGGCGAGUUAUGGGUUUGCGGUGUUUUCGAUUUUGGGGCCGAUGGGGGCGGUGUUGGCGUUUUUGGCGGUGUUUGUGGUUAUUGUGGCGGUGAAUGCGCUGAGGACGAGGAGGUUUGAGGUGAAGAGGGCGGGGAGAAUUGGGAGGACGUGGGGUGCGAAGGGGAAGAUGCAGAGGGGGAAUGUGAGAGCGAACCGGGUGUAG